AUGAGGCUAGCAACGAGCAAUGUAGCGACAGAAGCAGAUCCGACGCUAUUUCUAUUUAGCGACGGAAAUUCAUAUGAUAGCGACGAAAAGCUUGUCCACGAGCAUGACUUAUUAGAAAGAGAUGUUGAAUUGUUUCGUAGGUAUUUGUAUAGUGAUGGCAAACCAAAGCCGACAUCAAAGGGCGUUGUGGGGGCAGAGCUAGUUGAUGGGCUUAUUAUUCAGGAAAGUGAUUACAAAUUGGUGAAAACCCGCUUCAGUGCAUUCUUUAACACAAACGUUCAUUCGUAUUUUCAGGGCAUUGGUGUUACCAACUUGGUCAUUAUAGGUGUUCAAACUCCAAAUUGCAUAUGGCAGACUGUCUUUGAUGUUGUAGCAUUGGACUAUCAACGUGUGACGGUCAUUAUAGAUGCCACAGCUGUUUCCACCCCAAAUAUACAUAUUGCGAACAUAUUUGACAUGAAAAAUGUUAGGGUGGCGACACCUACGUUAGAAGAAUGGUGCCAAUCUUAA